UUAAGAGGUUGAAAGAAAGGCCAAAAAAAUAAAGAACAAAGAGAAGAACACCAAAACAAAAACAAAAGAAGAGAUGGGAAACGGUUAAUGCUUGGAGGGUGGGAGAGUCUCUUAAUGCAUAACAGGGAGGACAGACUUUCAAGUUUGCAGUGAAGCAGCUGUCAUUCGAUACUACAAAAGCUACAUUUCUUCUCUUAGACAGCGAAUUAGAGUUUGCAAAUUCCUGCUCUCUCUCUUUCUGCACCACUUUUUGUUUUUUUUUCCCCUUUUUACUUAACCAACCCUAUUUGUUCAGAAACAACCCUCAAAUUAUAACACCAGCUGCAACAACAUAAACUAACUUCAUCUCUUUGAUGGAGGCGCACAUGGAGCAAGAUGCAAUGGUGGAAGAGAAGAUACACAGUUUAUUAGUUAGUUCUUAUGGUCAAUAUUAUAUCUGAGAACUCCCCGUUUCUCAUCUUAAUGAUAAUUUAGAUGCCAUGGCUUAUCCGCAUCACCGAUCACAGUUUGGUGACACAACGUUUACAAAGGUUUUUGUUGGGGGGUUAGCUUGGGAGACUCCUACAGAGGAAAUGCGUAGAUAUUUCGAGCAAUUUGGGGACAUUCUUGAAGCUGUUAUCAUCACUGAUAAGAAUACAGCAAAAUCUAAAGGAUACGGCUUUGUGACUUUUCGUGAUCCGGAAUCGGCUAGGAAGGCCUGUGAGAACCCAAAUCCUGUGAUCGAUGGAAGAAGAGCAAACUGUAAUAUUGCUUCAUUAGGAAGGCCUAGGCCUUCGCCACCUCGAGGAAGUAGAAAUCACGGUGGCAAUGUCUAUCAGGGAGGUGCAGCGUCGUAUGGUGGACUGGCACCACCGUUGCCUCCGCCACCACCUCAUUUCAUUUAUCCACCUUAUGGGAGAAAUUCAUUCAUCAAUGUCCUCUUCUUUUCAGGUACCCAACAUACACUCCUGAUUAUGGCUUCUACCAGCAAGCUCCCUAUAACCCACAGCUUCAACUGCAAGGUCAAGGUCAACACCCACAAUACUUUCAUCAAUUGUAUGGAACAACUUCAACUUCAAUGGCUUCUUAUUAUUAUGGCUAUCCUUUGCAAUCUUCAAGGGGAACAUAUUCUGUUCUUCCACCGCAUCCACAGCCUCACACUCAGCCGCAGCGUUUACCAGCAGCUCCUUCUUAUCUUUACUAUCCUCCUCCCCCGCCCCUUCAACUCCCAAGGCAUCCCUUUCCCUUUAAUUCUCCUGAUUCACAGACUCCACAGCAAACAUCUGCAGAACCAGAAGCUCGAGUUAUUACUUCAGAAAGUCCAAAUACCUAAGAAUUAACCUGAUCGGGGAAAAAAGUUUCAAUUGUAAAAUCUUGAUAUGCUUAUGUCCAAGUAUUAAAAUAUUUUUUGGGUCCAAAACUGUAACUUUUGGUGACUACAGCCUCAAGGGACUACUACUUGUGUUUAUCUCACAGCUACGGCAUGCGGCAAAAGAUAGACUAAUCAGCAACCUUAUUCAGAAUUUUCUGUUUCUGGGAAAUUCUACAACUGAUUAUUAUUCUAUUAUUUCCCAA